UGCUCUAAAUUUCCUUUGAAAAUUUAGGAGGUUGUGAAAAAUGGGAGAGGAAGUGGUGCUCUUGGAUUUUUGGGCUAGUCCUUUUGGGAUGAGGGUGAGGAUUGCCUUGGAAGGGAAGGGGGUCAAAUAUGAAUACAAGGAAGAACAGCUGGCACUUAUGCAAAAGAGCCCCCUUCUUCUUCAAUCAAAUCCUGUCUAUAAGAAGAUCCCGGUUUUGAUUCACAACAACAAACCCAUAUGUGAAUCUCUCAUUAUCCUUGAGUACAUUGAUUCUGUAUGGAAUGACAAGUUCCCUCUGUUGCCUUCUGAUCCUUAUCAACAAGCUCAGGCCAGAUUCUGGGCGGGUUUCAGUGCAAAGUUAUAUGAGUUUGGAAAAGAAAUAUGGAUGAAAAAAGGAGGUGAGCAAGAAAAGGGAAAGACAGAGUUGAUAGAAGGACUGAAACUGUUUGAGAAGGAGCUAGGGGAGAAGCCAUUCUUUGGAGGUGAAGCCAUGGGGCUAGUAGACGUGACUCUAGUGCCCAAUUUCACCUGGUUUUAUGUCUAUGAGAGAUGUGGCAACUUCAGCAUUGAAGAAGAGUGCCCCAAGUUGAUGCAGUGGGCAAAGAGGUGCAUGGAAAUAGACUUUGUGGCUAAGAGCCUUGCUGACCGACACAAGGUUUACGAGUUGGUUACAAAAUCAAAGAAGAAUCUGGGUUUGGAGUAGGCAAAUUUCUGAAUGUUGGAAUAAUCAUUCCAAGUUCUUCAGUUCAAGUUUUCUUAUGAAUAAAUUUGUUCAGUUUUUCUUAUAAAUAAACGUCAUAAUCUAAA